ACAGUUAAGCCAGUGAUAGAGCCGUUCGCUUUCCCGACGUCCCUAAGAGAGGGUCAAAGAGCGUCCAUCUUAUGCACGGUUAGCAGCGGAGAUAUGCCGAUCACUCUUCAGUGGUUCAAAGACAAUGUGCCGAUUAGUGAACAUAAAGGUGUUAGGGUUAAUGAAGUGGCCGAUUACUCAUCUACCCUGUUGUUCGAGUCGUUAACCCUCGACCAUAAGGGCAACUAUACGUGCAUCGCCGCCAACACUGCCGGCACCGUAAGCCACACCACAUCUAUGAUCAUUCACGUGCCUCCCCGAUGGACAGUAGAGCCCAGCGAUACAUCAGUGGUGAGGGGGCGAAGUAUCACGAUCGAUUGCGCCACACAGGGCUAUCCAUACCCCCGCAUCAUUUGGACCAAAUCGUCUUCGAACAUAACGCCAAAGGAUUUCAAACCUAUCAUUAGUGGACCACAUCUUCAAGUGUACGAAAACGGCUCCCUUUCUAUACAGGAGGCCAGGGAUACAGACCAGGGAUACUAUCUCUGUCAGGCACAGAAUGGCAUUGGACAGGGAUUAAGCAAAGUCGUCAAGAUUAGUGUACAUGAGGACGGCGGCGGAUAUGCGUGCAAAGCGGACAACGGUGUCGCCAGUAUUGAACAUUUCGCCAAAAUUAAUGUUUUGGGACCACCAGUGGUGAGACCGAUGAGGAAUAUAACAGUCGUGGCGAGUGAGCCAUUAAUUGUCAGGUGUCCUGUCGGGGGCUAUCCGUUGGAAAGCAUUACUUGGGAAAGAGGCGGACAUCGACUACCGUAUAAUCACCGGCAGAAAGUGCACGACAACGGGACUCUUGAGGUGUACCACAUCGAGAGGGCCACCGAUGAAGGCCUCUACACCUGCAUAGCUAAGAAUAAGAAAGGCCAGAGCGCUCAGAGCACUGUUGUUGUCCGCGUUCACAGUAAG